AACUCAUGCCGUUUGAUCAAUACUGAAAUCACAAUUUUGACUGCACGAAAUAGAAGCGGAACUACUAAAUACAGAAAGCAGCAAUGAAAAUCGAGGAGGUAAAAAGCACAGUGCGCACUCAGCGCAUUGCGGCCCACAGCCACGUAAAGGGCUUGGGUUUGGAUGAAGCCGGCUCUGCUUUGCAAAACGCUGCCGGCUUGGUGGGGCAAAAGGCAGCACGCGAAGCUGCCGGCAUAGUGGUUGAUCUAAUCAAGUCGAAGAAAAUGGCUGGUCGUGCCUUGUUGCUUGCUGGUCCUCCCGGCACUGGAAAAACCGCCAUUGCUCUGGCGAUUGCACAGGAGCUGGGCAACAAGGUGCCGUUCUGUCCCAUGGUUGGUUCAGAGGUUUUCAGUAACGAGAUCAAAAAAACCGAAGUACUGAUGGAAAACUUUCGGCGUUCCAUUGGUCUGCGCAUACGCGAAACGAAGGAAGUUUAUGAAGGCGAGGUAACAGAGCUUACUCCUGUGGAGACUGAGAGUCCCAUGGGCGGUUAUGGCAAGACUAUAAGCAAUGUGGUAAUCGGCUUAAAGACCGCCAAAGGCACAAAACAAUUAAAGCUGGAUCCUAGCAUCUUUGAUGCUUUGCAAAAAGAAAAGGUUGAAGUUGGCGAUGUUAUCUAUAUAGAGGCCAACAGCGGGGCUGUGAAGCGUCAGGGACGUAGUGAUACUUUUGCCACAGAAUUCGAUUUGGAAACAGAGGAAUAUGUGCCGCUGCCCAAAGGUGACGUGCACAAGAAAAAGGAAGUUAUUCAGGAUGUUACAUUGCACGAUCUUGAUGUGGCCAAUGCUCGCCCACAAGGCGGCCAGGAUGUGCUUUCCAUGAUGGGACAGCUGAUGAAGCCGAAAAAGACAGAAAUCACAGAUAAGCUACGUAUGGAAAUCAAUAAGGUGGUUAACAAAUAUAUCGACCAAGGCAUUGCCGAGCUUGUACCAGGCGUACUAUUUAUAGACGAAAUACACAUGCUGGAUUUAGAGACCUUCACCUAUUUGCACAAGUCUUUGGAGUCCCCCAUAGCGCCCAUUGUCAUAUUUGCCACCAAUCGUGGCCGUUGUGUUAUCCGUGGCACCACCGACAUCGUCUCACCACACGGCAUUCCAUUGGAUUUGCUCGAUCGCUUGCUUAUCAUACGUACUCUGCUUUACUCGAGCUCAGAUAUGGAGCAGAUCAUUAAAUUGCGCGCACUAACCGAGGGCUUGCAGCUGGACGAGACUGCCUUCACACGCCUCAGCGAAAUUGGUACAAAUUCAACUUUGCGCUAUGCCGUUCAGCUGCUUACACCAGCCCAUCAAAUGUGCAAGGUAAAUGGGCGCUCACAAAUUACUAAGGAAGAUAUAGACGACGUCCAUUCCCUCUUUCUUGAUGCAAAGCGUUCGUCCAAGCACUUGUCCGAAAAGAACAAUAAGUUUAUGUUGUAAACUCAUUUCUAUUAUACAAUUUCAAAGCCUCCAGCAGUCAGAAUAUGUUGAAAUAAAACUGCAAUUUGAGUAAAAUUUGCUACCAA